GUAAAUGUUUCUUAAAAGCAUUUAUAUUCAUGGACCUGAUUCAGAAAUUAACUGAGUUGGUUUUUAGGUCUCACUUUGAGAAUUAAAAACCCUUAGGGCAGAGAGCAGAUUUUAUUUCUUACCUCAGAGUUUCCCUGUAGGAUAGGAACCAGCAACACCCUAAUAACCAGUAACUGUUAGCUGAUUAAGAAUCUCUAAAACUGGCAAUCCUAAUUUAACAUCUCCUUUUGAAUUCCUACCAACGCACACUUUUACACAUUCACUCUUUAAUAACAGGUUAUUUCAAAUUAUUGAUGCUUUGUAGCUUAAUAUAGAAAUUUCACUUUAGAAAUUAAUUUUCAUUUCUUUGCCUUAAUGCUAUAGAUGGUGUAUUCUGCUUUGCUUCAUUAUUAUAAUAAGUAGUUGGCUAACCACCAUGUAAAUAGGGAGAACAUUCCAGUUUUUUGCUUGUGUAGGAAAACACAGCUUGAAAUGUCUAAAUAUCUGUUUUAGAGUGAAAUAAAUUUAUACUGACAACAUUUUUUAAUGUUUGAAAGCCUGACUGUUAAUAGCGUUGGUGGCAAGUGUUAAGGGAUCCAGGAAUUAGCAAAGUGAUCUGAGACCGGAGUUCCAGGUUUCCAUGUAAUGUCAGUUGGUCUGCUGAGAACUUUGCCAUAAACAUAUGUGUUUAGAAAUUUCCUUUCUUAUCAACAGCAUCCUGAAUUGAUGAAAAUAAUUGAUUAAGAAUUAAUUAAUCAACCCAGUAAGAAACAAUUUGUGUUAAGCCCAUUGCUAUGCCAGGAUAAAUUUUUUAAACCCCUAUUCCUAUUUAUGUUUUGUCAAAUAAAAAGGUUAUAAGAACCUAAAUUCCUGUUUUCAUUUAAAGCAGUGACUAUUUCCCUUAGGAUAAGAUCUUUUAUCCUUAGAUGAGCUCACCAUCCUCAGAAUAAUUUGUAUUCAGCUGGGCAUUAGCUAAUGGAGGUGAGGUCAUGCUAAGCAGCACUUCAGUGAGUUUUGUUGGAACCAAAGCUCUGCUCCUGGGAGUGUGAAUUUGGUGCUUUCGUGUGGAAACAACAGAUGAUGAUAAGUAAAGAGCAAAUGUGCACAUGUCGGAUGCUUUAAUAAAGGUAUCCAUGGAGAACACUGAAAACUCAGUGGAUUCAAAAUCCAUUAAAAAUUCGGAACCAAAGAUCAUACAUGGAAGCAAAUCAGUGGACUCUGGAAUAUCCCUGGACAACAGUUAUAAAAUGGAUUAUCCUGAAAUGGGUUUAUGUAUAAUAAUUAAUAAUAAGAACUUUCAUAAAAGCACUGGAAUGGCAUCUCGGUCUGGUACAGAUGUCGAUGCAGCAAACCUCAGGGAAACAUUCAUGAACUUGAAAUAUGAAGUCAGGAAUAAAAAUGAUCUUACACGUGAAGAAAUUGUGGAAUUGAUGUGUAAUGUUUCUAAAGAAGAUCACAGCAAAAGGAGCAGUUUUGUUUGCGUGCUUCUGAGCCAUGGUGAAGAAGGAAUAAUUUUUGGAACAAAUGGACCUGUUGACCUGAAAAAAAUAACAAGCUUUUUCAGAGGGGAUUGUUGUAGAAGUCUAACUGGAAAACCCAAACUUUUCAUUAUUCAGGCCUGCCGUGGUACAGAACUGGACUGUGGCAUUGAGACAGACAGCGGUGUUGAUGAUGACAUGGCAUGUCAUAAAAUACCAGUAGAGGCCGACUUCUUGUAUGCAUACUCCACAGCACCUGGUUAUUAUUCUUGGCGAAAUUCAAGGGAUGGCUCCUGGUUCAUCCAGUCGCUGUGUGCCAUGCUGAAACAGUAUGCCAACAAGCUUGAGUUUAUGCACAUCCUGACCCGGGUUAACCGAAAGGUGGCAACGGAAUUUGAGUCCUCUUCCUUUGAUGCUACCUUUCAUGCCAAGAAACAGAUUCCAUGUAUUGUUUCCAUGCUCACAAAAGAACUGUAUUUUUAUCAGUAAAGAAAUGGUUGGCUGGUGGUUUUUUUACUUUGUGUGACAAGUGAGAAGACAGUAUGCCUGCUACUGUAUUUCUCUCUCAUUUUAACCUACUUUCAUGCUACAGAGGGUACUUUGAGACAUACUCCUUCCAUCAGGUAGAUCCACUAUGAAGCUACCUCAAACUUACAAUCAGGUAGUUGCAAUUGAAUUUAAUUAGAAAUAAAUAAAAAUGGAUACUGGUGCAGUCAUUAUGAAAGGCAAUGAUUGUUAAUUUGUAGCUUUCAUGAUUAGCAAGUUAUAGUGAUGCUAUGCUAUAAAUUUUCAAGUAACUGUGAAAAAGUAAUUAAUGAAUUUUUUAUGAUAUUCCUUCCACUUAAGACUGUGUAAUCUAGUUUUAUGAAACUAUAGAAAUGAUGUGGAAGAACUUAGUCAUCUAUGGGCAGUACUCAAAAGCGUGAACCUUUUUUUUAGAAUUGAUAGGCAAACAUGAGUCAACUGCAUUUUUAGACCAUUUAUCUGAGAUAAUGGUUUUGUGAUUUUUGUCCUAAACACCUUUGUUGUAAAAAAAAAAAAUAAAUAAUAAUAAUGUUUAAUAUUGAGAGAGACACUAAAUAUUUUUUGUGAGAGAAAGUAUGCGCAAACGAAGUUGACUCUUAAGGCCAAAAUAUAACAUUGGUAGAGGGGUGGAGUUUUAACUGAAGGUGCUAUAAUGCCGCUGACCUACCAGCAUAAAUACCUUCUGAUUUGUCCCUAUGCAAAUCAGUUGAGCUUCACAUACCAGCAAUAUAUCUGAAGAGCUAUUGUAUAAGAACCCCAAACUGUUGAUUACCAGCCAGAUCAUGUGAAUAAAUUGUAUAGGAACAUAUGAAAAUGUAACUUAAAUAAUAAAAAGUAGAAUGUAAGGAAAGUAAUAAACGUAUGGGCUGAGCUGUCUGAUGGUUUGAGCCUGAGCAGAGGCACGGCACAGCCUGUUCCAUGAAGGCAGAACCGCAGACCGUGGUUUCAGGAAGGGCCCGCAGCUCGCUUCACCAUACACACUGGCGUGUUGAAGAUGCCGCCAGGGCCCCAUUGCCAAGUAAGAAAGUGAACCAAAUCAGAAACUUCUGAAAUGGAAAUGUUCUAAAGGUGGUGAGUCAUAAUAAAACUCAUAGCACUCUUUGUAGUAAAAUUCUUAAGUAUGUUAUAUUCUGUUGAUGUUUACACUCAAAGGAAAAUAGUAAUGUUUUAUACUGUUUACUUAAAGAAAAGGACCAUGGCAUAUAGGACUCUAGACGGCUUCCAGCCGGAGGCCAGAGCUACGCACCCAGCCCGGGAGGCAGACUCUAGGCCUCCCCACACAGCAGGCGCUGAGCCCUCACUGCACCGAGUCUCACUGCCUUCCAGUCUGACAUUUCAGAUUUCUUAUUGCUCAAAAAAUGAAUUCACAUUUGUUAAUGACAAGGUUCUUGCCUUUUUUUAACUAAAUUUGUAACUUUUGUAAAUACACGUAGCAUGUAAUGAUAUCUUAAAGUGUGUUCCUGUGUGACAACUUUGUACAAAUUUUUUUUUCAAAAUAUACAUUCAAACUUAAAAU